AUGGCAGAGGAGAGCGGCAGUGGCAGGGAUUCUGACUCCUUCAGCGUGCUUAGCUGGGACCAGGUGAGCCGGCUGCAUGAGGUCCUGACCGAGGUGGUCCCCGUUCAUGGCCGAGGCAACUUUCCGACCUUGGAGAUCACUCUGAAGGACAUCGUCCAGACGGUCCGCGGGCAGCUGGAGGAGGCUGGUAUCAAAGUGCAGGAUGUCCGGCUGAAUGGUUCUGCUGCAGGCCACGUCCUGGUCAAAGACAAUGGCUUGGGUUGCAAAGACCUGGACCUGAUCUUCCACGUGGCUCUUCCAACGGAGGCCGAGUUUCAGCUGGUCAGGGAUGUGAUGCUGUGCUCCUUGCUGAACUUCCUGCCCGAGGGUGUGAACAAACUCAAAAUCAGCCCGGUCACUCUGAAGGAGGCGUACGUCCAGAAGCUGGUGAAGGUCUGCACGGACACUGACCGCUGGAGCCUCAUCUCCCUCUCCAACAAGAAUGGGAGGAAUGUGGAGCUGAAGUUCGUCGACUCCAUCCGGCGGCAGUUUGAGUUCAGCGUGGACUCCUUCCAGAUCAUCCUGGAUCCCUUGCUGGUCUUCUACGACUGCUCUGCUGGCCCCAUCUCGGAGCACCUGCACCCCCAGGUGAUCGGGGAGAGCGUGUACGGGGACUUUGAGGAAGCCUUGGACCACCUGCAGAACAGACUGAUCGCCCUUAGGAACACAUAA